GUAGCUGGCGGCGUUAGGUGUUUGCUGCCGCCGUGUUCGCCGCCGUGGUUUUCGGCUAUUCAGUAUUUCCGUAUUCAUUACAGAUAAAGUCCUUGACUAAAUAUCUCUUCAACUCCAAGAAAUAUUCUUGACUGAAUUUCUUACAAAGCCAAAGGAAACCAAAGAAGAAGAAGAAGAAAAUAAGAGUAGCUAGGUUGAAAAUGCUGGAAAAUGGAUAUUGGCACGAGGCGCCAGGUGGAUGGGAAUUUCCUACCUCACUCGGCAGCCACGCGGCGGAAAGAGCUUCAAAAAUAUCAUCGGAGUCCACUGGAAGUGACAUUUGUGCUAAUAAUGGGCAUCGUCUUGUUGGCGAGAAGGUGGGAGUUGAUGGGAACUCAUCACUUGGUCAGGUUCCUCGGGCAGAAAAUGACCUCGGUUUCUUAGAUGAUCCUUAUGAUGAUGGGAAACAUUCUAGUGAUCUCUUCUUGGAUUAUGGUUGGCCUGAUGAGCUUGGGAACUUUGAUGAUGUUGACAGGAUGUUCAGAAGUUGUGAUUCUUCUACAUUUGGGCUUGGGACCAGUUAUGGUGAUGAAAGCUUAGGUUGGUUUUCAUCUUUAGAUGCCAUUGAAGAAGGGUGUGGAGAAGGAACGAGGCCAGAUUUUAACUUGUCGUCAUGCCUUUCACCCACCGCACUGAAGAUGAUUUCAGUGGCUGAGGACGCAAUCAACUAUUCGGGCGUGACUGACCAAUCCAGUGGCGGCGAUUGUUACGGGGGGAAUCUGUGGGACCCAGAGAAUUCUCGCGUGCCGCCGCCCACCCUGAGACCUUCUUACCAGGUGGGCCCCACCUUUCCAGAUGAAAGAAGGGUAGAGAAGAAGAAGAAGAAGCAAAUUGACAUGGAUGGAGUGAGCAUGAAAGCUCCAAUGGAAUUGGAUUGUUCUUCAGGGGUGAAUGAAAAUGCUUCAGAAGAGGCUAAUAGUUUUCGCCAACUUCAACAUGUCAUGGAAACGAUUGAUUUGAAGACAAAGCUAUGCAUAAGAGACAGUUUGUACAGAUUGGCUCGAAGUGCUGAACAGAGAAACAGACAUCCUAACCUCAAUGGAGAUGCAAGUGGGGAUUUGAUAGCUAAUACUAAAAGGUGUGUUGGGUAUGUGGAUAUGGAGGCGGAUACAAACCCCGUGGAUCGAUCCAUAGCCCAUUUGCUAUUUCAUCAGCGCUGAGAGUCAUCGACUCUGGCUGACAUCUCUAAUAUGCGGAGGUAUAGAAUCUGCAAAAAAAAAAGAAGCUUGGAGCUUGGGUACUGCUUUGAUUUGAAUGGAAGUUUUAUGUUUGGAAAUUUGAAUGGGAAGUUUUAUGUUUGGAAACUAAAGUUUGGAAAUCUUU